UGCUCGUUUAGAAUUUGUAAUUUGAUUUCGCGACGUUACCUAUUUAAAAACUGAACGUUGUUAAACUUGUUUGGAAAAUCCAGGUGAAGAACAUGUCUGGUGCAGCAGCGAUGUUCGUGUUCUUAUUGCCGGGGAUUCCAAUGUCCAUCGUUUGAAGUCUGCAUGUCCUCCAAAUGCAAGGAUUGACUUUCUGCCCGUAUCUGGUGCAAAGUAUGUGUCUGACCGGAAGGGCUUUAGAAAGCUGCUGCAUCAAGAGCUGAUGUCAGUUGUGUGACGGAGAUCCUUGAUGUUGUAUUCAGUGUGUGCACUGAAAUACACGUGGUGCUUUGCGUGAUUCUUCCACAUGAUUUUGAUGUGAGAAUGUUUCCCCGAUGGCCACUCUCAGGGGCACAGUUGAGGAACUACUGCCAGUGGAUAAGGAGCGCAAACAGCAUGCUGUGGGAACUGAGUCACCAUGUGCCUUCUGUGAGAUACAUGGACUAUGGAGCAACUAAACAGAAGUCCCUGUACUUGUCCCAUGAUGGACUACAUCUGAGUGCUGAAGGGGCUAGGAGGUGUUUAGCAUCCAUACAGGACGACCUGCCAAACCAGCUGUGUGUGGAGGCUGCUGUUCAAGAUCCUACAGAAUGGCCAGCUCUCUCAGCCACGGAAGUACCGGUUCAGGAGCAUGACAGCACCAUAGCACUCUUUUCGGAUAUUGUGCAGACUGGAGCUCAACCAGAGAUUCAAGACAAGGUGGAUGCAAGUGAAGUACCAGUUCCCAGGGACAUUAAGCCUCAGACACAUAAAAUAACGGUUGUCACAGCCAGAGCUAAGAGGUCUGCAACCAGAAAUGUCAAAAGAUAUGGAAAGAAGUUGGCAAUGAAAUGCCACACAAGGUCAUGCUGCAGUGGAUUUAUUUACCUUGACAUUACUGAAGAUGUGGCUGUUUUCCUGCCUGCAUACAAGUUGAAUGGCUUAUGCUUGAAACGCAAGAAGAUGGAAGUCAAGACUGGUAAGGUUAAAAGGGAGAAACCUACCAUGACGAAAAAGAAGAACAAACAGUGGUGCUGUUCAUCUGAAGAUGCCCUGCUCGACCAUAUUAUAACGAAGCAUUCAUCGUGGAAAGUUGAUAGGCCUGACACACUUUUCAAUCAGGAAGAUGAAAUCAACGUGCCAUCCAACAUCCAUUGCCACCGAGACACUGAAGAGACGCCCCAACAAGAUGACAACGCCGCAAAUGAAGAUCAAGUCAAUGUGCCAUCCCACUUCUUUUUCCAACGAGACACUGACAAGACGCCCCAACAAGAUGUAGACACUUCACAGCUUCUUCUUAUUCUUUCAAAUGACGUUGAACUUAACCCUGGACCGAUAUUCCAGACAAUACCGGUCCCUGUGGAAGCGGUUGGCUCAAGCGAGAAGAUGACGAUAAUUACAGUGAAAAUGGACUGACCAUACACGAAAGACAAAGGACAUUAAAUAUUUACACAAAUUUUGCACCUGUAAAAUGUGACAUUCAUAUACGUGAAUGCUAUAAUUCAAUUAGUAAGCCAUGCAAAAUUCUUUGGGAUGAAGGGGACUUAGAUUGUUUACAUGUAUUAAGUAGGGAUACAGCAGCAGGAGAUGAAAUAGGGUGGGAAUUUGUAUCUAUGGUUAUGAAUUCUAGUUGCACUUUUUCCUCUUACUGCCAGUUUAAAAAUGAGAUGUAUAAAACUCGCCACAAUAAGGCUAGGUUUAUGGAUCAAACAGUUUUUUUAAUUUUUGGUUCAGUUGGGCUUCAAACAUGAAAAUAGAUUUCCAUAUACCCUGUGGUGUAUGUGGUUAUGGUCCUAAGAGAUUGUGCUGUGAUGGUACAAAAGUAGGGGUUGGAUUUCGGAAUUCAAAUUAUGAGGAAAUUACAGAAACAAACCAUGCUUUGGGCAUUAAUAAUACGCUGCAUCGUAGAAUGGAUAGAUGUUUUUUUGAAAAUUUGAAUGGAAUUGACAAACAAGAAAUGAUUAACCUUCGAACUUCUUUAGAUUACAUUGCUCGGAAAGAACUGAAUGAAAUUAAAGAGAAUGAAAUUAUUCCAGAGAGGGAUUUAUUGGACCGUAUCGAGUUGUUAAAACAAGCACUGCCCUCUGAAGUUUUGGGUUCCUUCGAAAGAUUUUAUCAAAUGAGUGAUAAUGAACGAGUUGCAUAUUCAAAUGUUUUAAAAAUGCUAGCCACAACAGCGUCCAUUACAAGCCUUAUACCCCCUGCAUAUUGUUACAAAAUUCAACUAUUAUUGAAUAGCCCCAAUAUUGAAAAUGAUCGAUUUAAUAGUAUUGUUAAUGAAACUCGUUCGUUUGCACCUGAACUAAGAGAUUUAAUUUGCGAGUCUUUAAUAAGCAACAAUGAAAUAUUGCCUGAUGACAUUAGAUUAUUUUUGCAAUAUCUAAUUAAUGAAUCAAUGUCAUUGCAAGUUACUGAACCAGAACCACCUGUACCUCAACUGGGCACAUACAAUCCUGAAAAGUUUGGAAGGGCCUAUUAUUUUAAUGAAUCUGGGUUAAAGUUAAGAAGUGUAAGAAAGUUUUCCAUUGACAAUGAUAGCUGUGUUAAAAGAAAUAUAGACCAUGACGAUACGACUUUAGAAUUUGAAAAAUGUCAAAAGCUUUAUUCUAAAGUUGAAACUUCUGCUCGAGGAACAUCAACAUUAUUUCUUUGGUUCUGUGCGGACCAUGGACAUUGCUAUGGUUUCCACAUGACUGGGGCAGAAGGAAGAAAAGAUCCCGCAUUAUCACUUUAUAGCUAUUUAGAAACCCCUCCACAAGACGUGUUUUAUGACUUUGCAUGUAAUUUACAAGAAUAUUGCCUAAACAGAGAAAGUGGAUACUAUAAAAAUGAACAUUUUUUUCAUGACAUUUUCCAUGGCUACUCCCAGAAAUGUUCUAGUGCUUUUACAGCUAGCAGACUUCAAGGCUUUGAAUCUGUAAAUUCUGAAAUAUGUGAACAAUUCAACAGCUUUAUACAAUGCAUUAAAAGGUCGGCCCGUCAGAUGUCACAGUCACACUAUUGCUUUUACCUACAAUUCUUUUUAAAUAACUGAAUGGAAUAAGAAGAAAAAAUUAUCAUAUGAAAAAAGAUAAGAAUUGCUUUAGCUGGGUUAGUUUAAUGUGAUACUUAAAUGAUCUAUAAUUUUAAGUUCAUCUGAACUUUGAAUACUUACUGUUGCAUCUUUUGAUGCUUUUUUCUAUUUAAAGACUGAGCGAGUAAACACAUACUAUGUAUUAUUAUGCAAUAAUUGUUUUGUGUUUAUAUCUCAACUGAGCAUAAAGUGCUCAGGGUGAGCUAUUGUGAAUGGUCUUGGUCCGUCAUGGGUCAACAUUUUCUACUUAAACAACAUCUAACCUCUGUGCCAAUCUUAAUGAAACAUGGCACGAGUUUUCUUGCAUGAACCUCUUUCAAAGUUGUUAAAUGAAAUGCAUUCCAUGCAUAAAUCUGGUUGCAAUGGCAACCAAAAGGAAAGCUUAUAUAUUUGGCAUAAAACAUCGUCUGGUUGACCUCCUUCGUGAAUUUCAAAAUAUGCUAUUCCCAACUCACAGGCAAAUUGUCGUUAUUUGCUCAUAGUGAACACCUCUUAAAUGGCCAGGAAGAGAGUUCAAGUUUAUAGACAAGAACAACAGUCAGAUGAGCGAUAUAGUGUCAUCAUGGCACCUUUAUAGCUGAAUCAUUUAUGAAAAAUUGUCAAUGAUAUGUUCUGUGACUUGAUUUGCAGUAUUCAUUUCGCUGUCUUCAUGCACCUUACAAAAGCCAUUUUAUUAUCAGUGUUCCUGAUUCUGUUGUAGCAUUUAUUCUUGCAAUUCGUUAUUUUUCAUAUUUUCCUAAUUGUUAUGCUCCCGAAAUACAAUUUCGCCUGAGCAUAUAGUUUCCAGUUUGUCCUUCCUCACUAGUUUCCCAUAGCACCUUCAAUUCUUUACCGAUCUCUUUCAUAUUUGGCAUGUAGGUACCUUGCAUGGACCUUAACCUUUUGAUGAGGUCACUGGGGUCAAGGUCACCAAGGCUAAUAAUAGAUUUUUCCGUCACACUUUUGUCACAGUUUCUCAUAGCACAUUCAAUACUUUAACGAUCUCUUUCAUAUUUGGCAUGUAGGUACCUUGCAUGACCUCUUCCUUUUGAUGAGGUUUGAGGUCACUGGGGUCAAUGUCACCGAGGCUAAUAAUAGAAUUUUUUAAGGUGGUUAUUAACACAUAGAUUGACAUAGCGCAUCAUCGGGGAGCAUCCAACAGUUUCACUGAUAUUCUUGUUGUAUGUUAUAUACGUGAUCAUAGAUACUGUAAAUUUUGUCUUAUGUGACAGGUUUAUCAUGUAGAAGAUGAGUACCCUGUGUUUAUGCAGUGCCCAUUAUAUAACACAGAUAUGAUUUGUUUAUUCCGCAGUGUUUGAAUGAAAUGGAAACUUUGGUUUGUUCAAUAUGUUAAUGGCCGAUGAAAAUGACAAGCACAUAUUUUUGAUUGCAAAAUGUGUGUAUGUGCAUGCUAAUAUAUAACAACUACGUAAUUAUCAUGCAAAUUAGCUGUCAUUUUAAUUCUGCAUGCUUGUAUUGCAUUGUUUAUUUAUAUCUGAUAAAAAAUACUGAUUCUUAGGUUACUUUAUAAGUAUGUUACUAUUUUGCAUGCUUACAUGUUAUAGGUAGUUAAUUAUAAGGUAAUCCUUGUUUUGGUGGUAUUAUAAUGUAUAGCAGCAUUUGUUCUACGAAAGUGCAUGCGUGUUGCAUCAUAUGACUUUGUUUUCUUUAACUAUUCAGGUUAUUUUAUAUAAUUAUGAAAUUAAACUAUGUAUUAUGGCCCUGUGGCCUGACUUCAAAUAAAUAUUCGUAUUUGUAUACAGUUUUUGUAAUGUGAUGUAUGGUGGUAUCAUGUUGUUUCACUUUUUGAUCAAUAUAACUAUUAUGCAUACAA